AUGAAGUCCACUCUCAUCGUCACCGCCCUCUUCGGCGCUGCCAUCGCCAGCCCGGUUGCCAUUGCCAACGUGGAGGCCCCGGGGGUCGAGAAGCGUGAUGUCGAGCCUCGUUUGUUGGGAGCCCUUAUCAACCCCAUUCGUGUCUCUGCCACCCUGAGCAUCCCCGCCUCGACCGCCCUCCCCAGCGUUCUCACCAGCGUUGUCCCCAGCGUUGUCCCUACUACAGACGUCGUCACGCUCCUGACCGUGAUUCUGAGGAGCAUACUCCUCAAUGCCCGCAAUAUUAAUACGGGUCUCGGUGGUGGACUCAGCGUGCCUGAUACCCCUACUCUCCCCAACAAUCCUGUUGCUACCGUCGCCAAUGGUGCCAUCACCAACGACGAGCUCCGUAAUUUUAUCGACGAGAUCGUGACUCAAGUCCAGGUCGCCAUCGGCAUCGGCCGUAACCUUUCCCCGAGUCUCGGCGCAGGUCAGCUCAGGUCGGCUACGGGCAUCUUCGACACGAUCAAAGACGUCCUCGCUGGCCUCGGGCCAGUCUCCACAAUCACCUCCCCCAACGGCGUCUCUGGCGCUAGUGUUCCAUUGAACCUGGGGCCUCUGACUGAUGCUGUCUCCGGCAUUCUCGACACUGUCGGCCAACUCCUCGGCGGCCUCCUCGGCGGCGGUGGCCUUUUGGGCGGUGUCGGCAAUUUCUUGAGCAGUCUCUUGGGCAACAAUGGCAGGAACGAUCUCCUGGGCAGCCUUCCCGUUGUUUAA